UCCUCGUGAACCAUGGCGGAAGUAAGCAGACGUCAGCGGCAUGCCCGGGUUAAAGGAGCGGCCUCCCCGGGGCCCCCCGCACACAGGGAUGAGGAGGAUUUGGGGACGGAGGCCGAAACGAUGACCGUGUUCAUCAAGCUGCUGGCGGCCGCUUUCUACGGCUUCAGCUCCUUCCUGAUCGUCGUGGUGAACAAGAAUGUGCUGAGCGGCCGCAGGUUCCCCUCCUCGCUGUGUGUUGGGCUUGGCCAGAUGCUGGCGACGGUGGUCGUGCUCUGGGUGGGAAAGGCUCUGAGGGUGGUGCACUUUCCGGAUUUCGAUAGGCACAUACCUCGAAAGACUUUUCCGCUACCUCUCCUGUAUUUUGGAAACCAAAUGACAGGAUUGUUCAGCACAAAGAAGCUAAAUCUCCCUAUGUUCACUGUUCUCCGACGCUUUUCAAUCUUGUUUACAAUGAUGGCUGAAGGAUUCUUACUCAAGAAAAAGUUUUCUCGUAGCAUUCAGAUGACUGUAUUCGCUAUGAUAAUCGGAGCAUUCAUAGCUGCCAGUUCUGAUCUGGCGUUUGACCUUGAAGGUUAUAUAUUCAUCCUGGUUAAUGACGUCUUAACCGCAGCCAAUGGUGCAUAUGUAAAACAGAAGUUAGACUCCAAGGAACUUGGAAAGCACGGUCUGCUUUACUACAACGCGUUAUUCAUGAUUGUACCGACAGUGCUUAUUGCCUAUAUGACUGGCGAUAUCCAGAUGGCUGUAGAAUAUGAAGACUGGAGCGAUCCGUUCUUUAUUUUCCAGUUUACACUUUCCUGUGUAAUGGGAUUUGUCCUCAUGUAUUCCACAGUCCUUUGUACCCACUAUAAUUCUGCCCUGACGACAACCAUAGUAGGAUGCAUCAAGAACAUCCUAAUAACGUACAUUGGAAUGUUCUUCGGUGGGGAUUACAUCUUUUCUUGGACAAACUUCCUGGGGUUAAAUAUCAGUAUUGCUGGCAGUCUGGUGUACUCCUAUAUCACCUUCUCAGAAGAGCAGAUGAACAAACCGUCAGAGUCCAUCGGCAAACUGGACAACAAGGGGAAGAUCGCAGUGUGAACGCCGUCACAGGCGCUGCGUGUCGGACAUGAGCUCACGCGCACAUCUAUUGCUAAUUUGCACAAUCGUUUUAAUUGAAAUAUUGCCUUUUUAUAUAUUUUUUUAGAUGGAACUGUUUUUAGUAACAAAAAAACUAUUUAAUUCCAGAGCUGUAAAAUUUAGUUUUUUUUUUUUUUUUAUAAUUCUGCUCUUCCUAUACAUUUCAUUCCAACCCCAGGACUGCACCUCAACCAAGUGUUAGAUUUUUUUUUUAAACUGCCAUUGCCGCUAGACAUGAUCCUUAAAGAGACGGCUCUAUAUUGGAACAGCCAUGUUCUUAUUCGGGUACGAGCACCGAGUGGGGGCGCAGCCUGCAAUCGUUAUAACUCAGAACUACUUGGUCCUUCUCAAUCCAGA